AAGUGGAGGAGCUGAAAGCCUGAAGCCCAGAGAGGACUCGCUCCUCCAUCACUGCUGAGACGCCAUGGCUGCUAAACAGUCCGAGGAUUCGUCCAGGAACGAGAGGAGCAGACUCCUGCUGAGGAUCAGGGAAUUCAACCCCACACAGGUCUUCACCUGGCAGCUGGCGAGGACUCUGGCCAUGGGUCAGGGGCUGGCGGGGCUCAUCUGUGGGACGGCGGUCACCUCCCAGUUCCUGGCCUCAAACUUCCACAUGAACACACCCAUGCUGCAGAGUUUCCUCAACUACCUGCUGCUGACUGUCAGCUACACCAGCACGCUGCUGUGCAGAGCAGGGGAUGGCAGUUUUUUACAGAUUCUGCAGAGACGAUGGUGGAAGUACCUGCUGCUCGGCCUGGUGGACGUGGAAGCCAACUAUGCCGUGGUAAAGGCGUACCAAUACACCACCAUCACCAGUGUGCAGCUGCUGGACUGCUUUGUGAUCCCAGUCUUGAUGGUUCUGAGUUGGUGGAUUUUGAAGACUCGUUACAGGCCGAUCCACUAUGUAUCCGUCUGCAUCUGUCUGCUCGGAGUGGGGGCCAUGGUGGGGGCCGACCUGCUGGCUGGGCGAGACCAGGGCUCCGCCUCCAACAUCUUGUUAGGUGAUGGUUUGGUGCUGCUCAGCGCUUCGCUGUAUGCGGUGUCUAACGUGUGUCAGGAGUACACCGUGAAGAACCUGAGCAGGGUGGAGUUCCUGGGCAUGGUCGGCCUGUUUGGCACCAUCAUCAGCACCGUACAGAUGGUGAUCCUGGAGCGUAAUGAAAUUGCUGCUAUCCAGUGGAGCUGGGAGAUCGGGCUGCUGUUUGCUGCCUAUGCACUGUGUAUGUAUGCUCUGUACAGCUUCAUGCCCAUAGUGAUAAAACGGAGCAGUGCCACUUCCAUUAACCUCUCCCUGCUCACCGCCGACCUCUUCAGCCUCUUCUGUGGGAUCUUCCUCUUCCAGUACAACUUCUCUGGCCUCUACAUGGUCUCGCUGGCAGUCAUCCUCAUUGGCUUCAUCGCCUUCAAUGCUGUACCGACUCCCACUGCUGCCACAGACUCCAGCACCUCGUCCUCACCAACCUCUGCCUGUGAGGAAGGCCGCCAUGAAAACCCUGCAGCUGCUCAGGGAGACGCAGAGGAGCUGCAGCAGGAUGGAGAGAGGAGGAGGAGGAGAGCUUCAUCACUGAGUUCCUGCAGUGAACAAGUCAGCACGAGAAUGUGAACAGCAGCUUUACAAUCCUAUAUGUAUUCUUAAACAUGUAUUUAUUGAGUUUUGCUUCUAUACAACACAUACGGCACAUGUAACACACAACAGACAAUCACGUGAAAAGCAAAUAAAAGCAGUGAUUUAAAUGUUAGUGUUUAAAGCUGUGCUGUGAGUCAUGCUGAAGGACAUAAACCAUCUCACCUCAGAGUAUGAUCCAAAUACAGUUUGAUGCAUCAUAAUUAUUUUUGGAUUCCUGAGACCUCCACUAUGAAGCAGGACUUUGGUUGAUCCAGGUAACUUCAGGGUUAACGAAGGUAGUUACUUCCUCCUGGGGUAAUCACCGUGGUAACUAAGAGAUCAACAGGGAUGAAAUCACUGCCCACUGACCAAUCAGAUCUCCAGAAAAUACCUCACUCGGACCUCUGAGGGGGAGCAGGAGGGUCUAAAGUUUUCCAGUCUGUAAAAUCUUUGGUUUCCAUGAUGAGCAGCAGCAAUAAAUAUAGAUUCAUAGACUCUA